AUGUCGACCUCCCCACCCAAGGAGCCCGAUGUCGAACAGAGCGCACAGUCUGGCGAAGAGCAGGAUCAUAUGGAUCGCGAACAAGAAGGACAAGCUGGCACCGGUCUGGGUGAAUUCGAGGUCAAGGAGCAAGACCGAUGGCUUCCUAUCGCAAAUGUGGCCCGGAUCAUGAAACAAGCCCUCCCCGACAACGCCAAAAUCGCCAAGGAAGCGAAAGAGUGCAUGCAAGAAUGCGUCAGCGAGUUCAUCAGCUUCAUUACCAGCGAAGCAUCCGAAAAAUGUCAACAGGAGAAGCGCAAGACGGUCAAUGGAGAGGAUAUUCUUUUUGCCAUGACCUCGCUGGGGUUCGAAAACUACGCAGAGGCGCUCAAGAUCUACCUGUCCAAGUACCGCGAAACCCAAUCCACAAGAGGCGAGAAUCAGGCCAGACCUACCAGCAGCGGUGGCUACGGCGGUCCCGUCGGCGGCAGCGGCGGUGUCCAGGGCUCUGCCUCCGCCUCCGGCGCUGCAGGCUUCACCGGGCAAGCCGAGAAUGCCGGCGAACUAUUGAAUCCGACCCAUGGCCUGAACUCGACCGAACACGAUGCUACCAACGCGUACGGCUAUCCCAGCGCCGUGUCCACCGGCCACAAUGGCAUCUCCAACGACAACUUUUAG